GGGCGCGAGACGGUGAGAGGCGCGGAGAUAAGAAGGCGGAUCCCGAGCCAAGGCAGCUAAUCGCAGUUCGCCCCUCGCCGGCCGCCUGCUGCUGCUCCGCUAGUGCUUCCCCGCAACUCCACCGUGCACCACGAGGUUCGCGGAGACAGCGAUGGCGACCAUCACCACGCAGCUCCGCUCCGCACUGCUCUCCCCGGCGGCCUCCUCCUCGGCGCGCCGACUCGGGGGCAGGCGCGCGUCCUCCUCCGUCCGGUGCGACUCCUCCUCCCCGCCCGCGGCGUCGGCGGCCGUGUCGCUCGACACGGACUUCGACAAGAAGGCCUUCCGCCACAACCUCACCCGCAGCGACAACUACAACCGCAAGGGGUUCGGCCACAAGGAGGAGACGCUCGAGCUCAUGAGCCAGGAGUACACCAGUGAUGUGAUCAAGACGCUCAAGGAGAACGGGAACCAGUACACGUGGGGGCCCGUCACCGUGAAGCUGGCGGAGGCCUACGGCUUCUGCUGGGGCGUCGAGCGCGCCGUGCAGAUCGCCUACGAAGCGCGCAAACAGUUCCCCGAGGACCGCAUCUGGCUCACCAACGAAAUCAUCCACAACCCCACCGUCAACAAGAGAUUGGAUGAGAUGGGUGUAGAAAUCAUUCCUGUUGACGCGGGUAUCAAGGAUUUUAAUGUUGUUGAACAAGGCGAUGUUGUUGUGUUGCCUGCAUUUGGAGCUGCCGUGGAGGAGAUGUACACACUAAACGAGAAGAAAGUGCAGAUAGUUGAUACCACUUGCCCUUGGGUUUCAAAGGUGUGGAACAUGGUCGAAAAGCACAAGAAGAGUGACUAUACUUCGAUUAUUCAUGGAAAAUAUUCCCAUGAAGAAACUGUUGCCACUGCUUCUUUUGCGGGAAAGUACAUCAUUGUGAAGAAUAUAGCAGAGGAAAGACAAGACGCUAUGUAUCAGCUAGUGAAGGAGAAAGUUGACCUCAUUCUGGUUGUUGGAGGGUGGAACUCCAGUAACACCUCUCAUUUACAAGAAAUUGGAGAACUCAGUGGAAUUCCGUCAUACUGGAUUGACAGUGAACAAAGAAUUGGACCAGGAAACAGGAUCAGCUACAAGCUAAAUCAUGGUGAACUUGUCGAGAAAGAGAACUGGUUACCUGAAGGGCCUAUUACAGUUGGUGUUACUUCUGGUGCCUCAACUCCGGAUAAGGUUGUUGAGGAUGCGCUGCAGAAGGUAUUUGAGAUCAAGCGUCAGGAAGUUUUGCAGGUUGCGUAAAUUUUUUAGCAGAAAUUUGGUAACGAGCAUAAUAGCUGAUGGCUUGGCAAAGGUUAGUAGAACCAUUGCACAUGCAAUGCUUGUACAGUAGCUAAGAAUGUAACGCUUUAGGCAUAUACUAUCACAGGGCUUUCCUUGGGCUGGGAUUUACAGUCUGGUGGAAUGGAAUAUUGUAAUCAUUGAUAUGAAUAACAGUUGCAUCAGCUGUUAUAACUUUGUUGGCCCUUUAGUUAAUGUCAGGGGAGUGUCUCUUCCAUAUGAAGAAGGAAAUAAUCUACAAUUUGUCACUGAAUAAGUGUCUAUUUUACGAUAUAACAUUCAUUGUGAGAAUGACAUGUGGAAUCUGGACCUGUAUGUCAUUGACACACUAAUUGCAUAUCGUAGAAUAGACAACUUAUUUAGUGGUGAAUAGUAGAAUCUCUCGUGAAGAAGACCCCAUGUGUUAGGUCUUGUAUUGAGCUUAGAUUCAGGAUUUCCUGUACCUGUCGAAACUCGUAAGUGCAAAAAAUGCAGAGUUCCUGUGUAUAAUAAGCUUAAAUCCAGUUUUGAUAUGUUAUCAGCUGUAAUAGAAAUCGUAAUGAACUUCAACUUACUCUCU